UUUAUCAUCAGUUUAUCUCCACAUUCAUCUGAAAUUUGCAGUAUGCCACUGAAUUUAACGCGAUGUAAAUGUACCGUCAUUCCUUAUCGUUACGUAACAGCGUUCCUACUCGGCACCGCCACCAUUGUUUACUUCCUCAUGUUUGUCAGCUUCAUGAGAGCUUUUAGACACCUGCAUCCAAAGCACCCGUACUACAACAGCAGUUAUAGUAUUAACUGCAGAUUCGACAGAAAUGUAAGCAGAAUAGAGCACGUGAAUGAAAAUUUUUACCACUGGCCCUCCACGCGCACGAGGGAGCUCUCAAGGGCAUACGUAUGGGGUUACUUGAUAAUACCCCUUCUCAGCGGAUUGGUCUCCGACAGAAAAGGAGGAAAAUAUUUUGUCUCGAUUCCGAUAUUAGUUAUAAGUGUGAUAGAAGUGAUAGCACCCCCCAUGCUAAGUGGCAGCGAUUCAGACUUCUACAUAUUAUUCACGUGGUAUUUUCUUAUUGGUGCGGGUGCUGCGAUGGUUGCUUGCGGCAUUAACUCGAUUCUAGCACAUUGGACACCAGUCGAAGAGAGAGGAAGAUUGGGUUCUUUGGCUUAUUGUGGAACACAGUUCGCUGUUACGUUCCACAGCGAAAUUACCGACAACUUCAUCCUGGCAACGAACUUGUGGAACACACCUUUUUACAUAUAUAGUGCUUUGGGGUUAAUCUGGUUUGUCUUCUUUAUGUUCUACGGGUCUUCCUACUACUCCAGUAAGAGCCACAGGAUGCAUCAGAAAGAACUGCAGUAUCUCCAGGAAAAACUGCAACACGUAACAAAUUUUGACAGAAAACGAGUACCCUGGUUGAAAAUAGUGACGUCGAUUCCUUUAUGGGCACUAAUCAUCGUUAAUAUGGGACACGUAUGGAUCUGGAACGUGAUGAUCUCAAACCUUCCUUUCUACUUAAGAUACGUGCUGUUCUUCAGCAACGAAAAAUCCAUGGGCUAUACUUGUCUCGCUUAUAUGUCUCUGUCUUGUUCUACGUUGAUAUGUGGAUUUUUCGCAGAUUUUGUGAUAAAUCGAAAAUACAUACAUACCAGGACUUUGCGCAAGGUCUACACUACUUUCGGUGCCAUGGGACCGGCAGUUUUUCUUCUAACGGCUGCCUAUACUGGCUGCCAUAGGACAGAGGCGAUUUUUAUGUUUGCUAUAGGGAUGUCCUUCAUGGGUUUCUACUUCAGUGGUACCAGAAUCAACACGUUGGAGCUUGCACCAAAUUUCAGUGGAACCGUUAUUGGUUUGAUGACUAUGUUUGAGUGUAUACCUAUUUUACUGUUGCCGAAAAUGGAACACAUUGUUGCACCCACUAACGUGAUAGAGGAGAAAAAAAUGCUGUUCUGGAUACAUUUGGCUGUGCUUGCUGCCACAAAUAUCGUGUUUACGAUAUUUGGGUCUGCGGAUGUUCAGUCGUGGGAUUCUGAGGAGGGUGAGGAAGAACUAGAAAUGGAAAGUACAACAGCGUUACCACGACAUCCCUAGUAGCACGCCCAAUAGACACUUCUGUACAUUUCUUCUCUUAUCUUAUUCUGUUAUCUACUGUAUCUGUUGGUUAAUAGUUACUAGCAAAUUUCUAUGAAACUAAGAAAAGUAAAAA